UUUUUACUUUUACCCUCCGUACGGACCCCUAAAAAUGUGCAAAUUGUCAAAAGGUGACAGAUGACAUGACAUUUCACAAUUCCGAUUAAUUCCAUUUUCCAAUCUAAAUUCCAAAUAACAUUUUUAAAAUUUCAUCUCUUAAAAACAAAGUUCUAGUGAUAUUCUGGUGAUUUUUUGAUGUAUUGAAGUCGUUCACGUGAUGACUUCAUCGAGCAAAGAUUAUAAGUUUGAGCCGUUUAAAAUCACUGAGGUAAAAUACCGGGGUUUCGCAAGCCCCCGGCCGAGAAGCGGACACAGGAUCGCAUGUGAUGAUGUAAGGAUCUAUUGUUUUGGAGGGUACAACCCCUAUUUACCGCUCAAUACUAUAGAAAGGAAUAACCCUACGUGGACACCUGCAAUGCCUCUUUUCAAGGAGCUUUGGAGCUUUUCUAUAGCGAAUAAGAAAUGGACACAGCAUCAAGUUGUCGAGAAUAUGCCGGAAGAGCUGGCAUCGAAUGCUAUGUGUAUGAGUGGCAGGUAUUUAAUGAUAUAUGGCGGAACUGGUGCUCCAUUUGGCAAUAAAUGCGGCAAUGAUGUUAUAACAUGGCGGACAUGCGAUGGUGAUGCCAAGUUUGAGGUGCUAGAUGUCACAGGUCCUAGACCACCUGGACAGUACGGCCAGUCUAUAUUGUGCCAUAAUGGUGCUUUUUAUACCAUUGGUGGUACUAAUGGAUUUGCAUACAACUGUGAUAUUUAUAGGUUAGAUUUACGAACAAUGGUUUGGGAGCCAGUUUACGUUGGGACGGGUCAAGAGGGUGAGCCAAUCGGCAGGUAUCGACAUGAAGUAGUAAGAGUAGGAGAAAAGUUAUACAUUAUUGGGGGUGGCACUGGAGAAUGGGCUUUUGAGCUCAUGACAAUACCUAUGUAUGACCUUGAAACCAAAACCUGGACUAUAUUGAAACCAAAAGCCGAUGAUUCAAUGAUGGAUACUGUACAACCCUUAGCUAGGAAGUGUCAUAGUGCAGUGCAAAUAGAUACUCCGAGUGGCGUUCAAGUAUUUGUAGCGGGUGGGACGGAUGGACAAAGUGUAUUUGAUGAUAUAUGGAGGCUAAAUAUCUCAGAUAUGCGGUGGCAUUUAAUGCAAAAGACAGUGCUACCUCAGCCUUUGUAUUUCCAUUCAUCUACAGUGACUUCUUCUGGUUGUAUGUACAUGUUCGGUGGAAUUGAACCUAAAGAUAUUGAGACUAGACGGACUAAUAUAUUGUACAAAGUAUGGUUAUGUAUACCAAAGCUGAGCGAGAUUUGUUGGGAGGCUAUGCUUUAUUAUCAUCCUAGUAUGGAUAAAGUUGAACGGUCUUCACUAUUAAAACUUGGUAUACCAAGGCAUUUUGUAGAUAGAUUACACACAUAGUGAAAAAAUAUGUGUAAAGUACCUAAUGAU